GCGCACCGCGCCGUGCUGGCCGCCGCCUCCGGCUACUUCCGCGCCAUGUUCGGCGGGGCGCUGCGGGAGGCGCGCGCCGAGCGCGUGCGGCUGCACGGCGUGGAGCCCGAGUGCCUCGCGCGCCUCCUCGACUUCGCCUACACGGGCCGCGUGGGCGGCCUGGGCCCCGACAUCGCCGAGCGCCUGCUGCGCGCCGCCGACCUGCUGCAGUUCCCCGCCGUGAAGGAGGCGUGCGGCGCCUGGCUGGCGCGCCAGCUGGAGCCCGCCAACGCGCUCGACAUGCAGGACUUCGCCGAGGCCUUCGCGUGCCCCGCGCUGGCGGCCGCCGCGCACCGCUUCGUGCUGCGGCACGUGGGCGAGCUGGGCGCGCAGCUGGAGCGCCUGCCGCUCGCGCGCCUGCUCUCCUACCUGCGCGACGACGGGCUCUGCGUGCCCAAGGAGGAGGCCGCCUUCCAGCUGGCGCUGCGCUGGGUGCGCGCCGACCCCGCGGCCCGCGCGCCGCUGCUGCCGCAGCUGCUGGCCCACGUGCGCCUGCCCUUCGUGCGCCGCUUCUACCUGCUGGCGCACGUGGAGGGCGAGCCGCUCGUGGCGCGCUGCCCGCCCUGCCUGCGCUUGCUGCGCGAGGCCCGCGACUUCCAGGCCGCCCGGCUCGACCGCCACGACCACGGGCCCUGCGCCCGCAUGCGGCCCCGGCCCUCCACCGGCCUCGCCGAGAUCCUCGUCCUCGUGGGCGGCUGCGACCGUGACUGCGACGAGCUCGUCACCGUCGACUGCUACAACCCGCGCACUGGCCACUGGCGCUACCUGGCCGAGUUCCCCGAGCACCUGGGCGGCGGCUACAGCGUCGCCGCGCUGGGCAAYGACAUCUACGUGACGGGGGGCUCGGACGGCUCGAGGCUCUACGACUGCGUGUGGAGGUACAAUUCCAGCGUGAACGAGUGGACGGAGGUGUCCCCCAUGCUAAAGGCCAGGGAGUACCACAGCUCCACGGUCCUGGACGGGCUGCUCUACGUCAUCGCCUCCGACAGCACCGAGCGCUACGACCACUCCCUGGACAGCUGGGAGGCUCUGCAGCCCAUGCUCUACCCCAUGGACAACUGCUCCACCACGUCGUGCCGCGGCAAGCUCUUYGCCAUCGGCUCCCUGGCGGGCAAGGAGACCAUGGUGAUGCAGUGCUACGAUCCCGACAGCGACCUCUGGUCCCUCGUCAACUGUGGCCACCUGCCCCCGUGGUCCUUCGCGCCCAAGACCGUGACGCUCAGCGGCCUCAUGUACUUCAUAAGGGAUGACUCCGCUGAAGUGGAUGUUUACAACCCAGUGAAGAACGAGUGGGAUAAAAUCCCCGCCAUGCUCCAGGUUCACGUCGGGGGGAGYGUGGCCGUGCUGGGUGGGAAGCUCUAUGUCUCCGGCGGCUACGACAACACGUUUGAGCUGUCGGACGUGCUGGAGGCCUACGACCCCGAGGCGCGYGCGUGGAGCGUAGCCGGCCGCCUGCCCGAGCCCACCUUCUGGCACGGCAGCGUCAGCAUCUUCCGGCAGUUCAUGCCGGAGACCACGCAGGAGGACGAGGGCAUCGCGCUGGACAACACCAUCAACCUGAGCCGGCAGCGCCCGGAGCUCCGUGAGCAGAACCUCAAYGAGCUGCACUAGCGGGGACGGCCCCGCGCCGCUGCGAGGGGAGGCAGCGGCCGCCGGUGCUUGGACACAAACGCGCACCCAUYGGGGCAGAGGGAGUAAAACUUGAGUGCUAAAGGUGCCCUCGUAGAGGCGCGGGUGUGGAAAGGAAGGGCCCCCCUGGCGCAGCGUCCUCGGCCCCGCUGCGGAGGAGGGAGGCCCGGCGCCUUUUGUGGAGGCCGUCCGCGCRGCGGCCUCCGAAGAAAAGCGUCGUGUCUGGCCUCCCCGAAGAAGAGUCGCUUGCGGUUCCAGCUCCUGGUCAGACMCUGCCCACGGGAAGCUCCCUUGCCCCGCAGCGCUGCUCGUUGGCUGCCAGAUUCCUUUCUCCGUGGYUUCGUCCAAGGGAGAAACAAAUGCGUUAGUAGAACAGCAGGGAGAGGCAGGACGGACGCGUACCGGGCCGAGCCCGCUGCAGUGGGGGAGCCCACGGCAGCCGGUGGCCCUGCCGGUCCCGUCGCCCCAGCCUUGGGCUCCCGCUCGUGCUCUCAGACCUGGCUUCUCCUGCCAGCCAGCCAAGAUCUUCCGGAGGCACGGAGGCCAGGUGAUGAGUCUUCACACUCCCCGUUGUCUGAAUUCUUCAGGUACUUUCAGUUGUAGURUUUUAAGGUUUUGUGGGUAUUUGUUGCCUUACCUUCUAGGAGAGAGACUUUUAUUAUUUAAGGAGCACCUUCAUUUAUCACUUAAUGACACUGACACAAGUAGCUUGUUUUCGGUUUUGAUCACCCACCCUGCAUGUUCCCGCGMGGGGGAGCGGGCGGGCGGCUCCUGGGGCUGCUCCCUUGUGCCAGGGCCCUCGGCCCCUCUCCUCUCGUGGUUUCACAGCACUCUCCUUCCUACCGGGCUGCUCGGCCGCCCGAGGAGCUUGGCAGAAGGCUCCUCCAGGCACCUCCCUGUAGUGAAGGCUCUUGCUGCCCGUUCUUCCCUAUCAAACUCCUGGCAGCCGUGUUGGGCCAGGAAGAUGGGUCCUGGCUAGUGAGGGCAAGUGCUUGGUUUUUUCCCUUGCCUGUACAGAGGAGCUAGGUUGGAAUUCAGUUAUUUUAGCAGUAACCUGGAAAGUGGGAGGGGAGAGCAGCACAGGUUCCUUGGGAAGGUCAGCACACACUUGCAGGUCAAAUACUGGUGGUGAUUUAGGCUCCUUGGUGGAAAGGAUCCUUUCAGAGGGAUCAGCUCAUGGGAAGGAACCUGCUGAGCAUCUGGAGAGAUCACAACGUUUGUCCUGUUCUGCAGUUUGCAGAAGCACUUGGAAUUUGAACAGCCAGAAAAUGCUCCCACAGACCUUUGGCCAAGGGGUAGGAGCUUACAAGAGUGCUAGCAGAUUGAGAGAGAAUUAUUUUAGGUUUUCCUUAGCGGGGGGGUGGGGGUGCAGUGAAGGUUUGCUUUUAUUCUUGCUCAAGUAAUGUAGUUUGCUUGAGUAUUUCCUUUAAUGAUUUGAGGCAAGUGUGUUUCAGCAGGAACUCUCGCAACUCACGGACUGUCUCUGGCACUAGAAAACGGUCAGAAUUGCAGUGGGGCUCGUAGCAGAGCUGGUGUUACACCCUCAGAAAGAAGUGGAAGAUAAAGCAGCAGCUGGGAUGGUGGCUGCUUUUGCGUGCCUUUUUUUCUCUCCCCUGCCCCAUUAGAAGAAAAAUGGGAGUUUUGUCUUACUUGAGAAAGAAGCAGCCCCUAACCUUGCUGGCGUUCCCUCUAGCCAGAGCAGUCAGAACCUUAUCUCCGCAGCGAGCAACGCGUUCACAGCUUCGUUAAACAGACUGUUUUGCCUUGAAUACUGUUUCAUGCUAAGCUACUUAGCAGCAAAACUUGAAAAACUUGUUGGCGAYGUUCGGGCUCUCGCUGAGGUCUGAAACUCGGACAGUGCCUUGACGCUGGUUCGUGCCGCCGAGGGCGCCGCGGUCGGGGUCCCGCGCGGCCGUCCCGGGGCCGGCUCCGUGCCCACCACGGGCCUGGGUGCUGGGCUCCGUACGGGCACGCUGAGCUAACCAUGAUCCCUGUGCUAGGUUUAGUGCUCACCGGCGCGCUUGCCACCCCGAAUUCCCUGAACCAGCUCAGUAAUUCUGGAUUUGUAUUUAUUUUUUGUAAAUCCAUUGUGCCCAAAUCUUUAAGUACUGUUUAGAUACCA